AGAGACUAAAUGGCUUCCAGAUCAGAGGAGGAUCUCUGCUGUCCAGUCUGUCAGGAGGUCUUCAGAGAUCCUGUUCUUCUGUCAUGUAGCCACAGCUUCUGUAAAGUCUGUCUGAAGAACUGGUGGAGAGACAAACCAUUACACCAGUGUCCAGUUUGUAAGAGAAGAUCUUCAAAGAAUGAUCCACCUUUAAACUUGGCCUUGAGGAACCUGUGUGAGUCCUUCUUACAGGAGAGAGAUCAGAGAUCUCCAGAGGCUCUCUGCAGUCUGCACUCUGAGAAACUCAGACUCUUCUGUCUGGACCAUCAGCAGCCAGUGUGUCUCGUCUGCAGAGAUUCAGAAAAACACUCCAACCACAGAUUCAGACCCAUCGAUGAAGCUGCACCACAGCACAAGAAGAACCUUCAGGAAACUCUGGAGCCUUUAAAGGAGAAGUUAAAGGUUUAUGAAGAAGUUAAAGUGAAGUAUGAUGAAACAGAAAAACACAUCAAGGUCCAGGCCCGACACACAGAGAGGCAGAUUAAGGAGCAGUUCAAGAAGCUUCACCAGUUUCUAGCAGAGGAAGAGGAGGCCAGGAUGGCUGCACUGAGGGAGGAAGAGGAGCAGAAGAGUCAGAUGAUGAAGGAGAAGAUGGAGGCUCUGAGCAGAGAGAUAGCAGCUCUUUCAGACACAGUCAGAGCCACAGAGGAGGAGCUGAGAGCUGAAGACGUCUCAUUCCUCAACAACUACAAGGCUGCAGUAGAAAGAGUCCAGCGCUGCCCCCUGCUGGAUGAUCCACAGCUGCCCUCAGGAGCUCUGAUAGACCAGGCCAAACAUCUGGGCAACCUGGCCUUCAACAUCUGGAACAACAUGAAGGACCUGGUCUCCUACACUCCUGUCAUUCUGGAUCCAAACACUGCUCAUCCAGAUCUGAUCCUGUCUGAAGAUCUGACAAGUGUGAGAGAAGGAGAUAAACAACAACUUCCUGAUAAUCCAGAGAGGAUUGAUUAUUACUGGUCUGUCCUGGGCUCUGAGGGCUUUAACUCAGGGACUCACAGCUGGGAUGUUGAGGUUGGAGAUAAUACAAGGUGGGCACUGGGUGUGUUAGCAGAGUCUGUCCAGAGGAAGGGAAAAGUAGAGUCUGGAUGGUGGGGAAUAUGGUUCCAUGAAGGUAAAUAUUUAAUAGAUUCACCACCAGCUCCUUCCACUGUUCUCUCAGUAAAGAAAAAGCUCCAGAGGAUCAGAGUGAAUCUGGACUGGAACAGAGGAAAUCUGUCCUUCUCUGAUCUUGAUACUAACAAACACAUACACACCUUCACACACACUUUCACUGAGAGGAUGUUUCCAUUCAUUGACACUGUGGAUAAACUCCCAGUGAAGAUUUUACCAGUGAAUCAGAUCAGUUAGAGAUAAACAGGAUGAUUCUAAAUGUGUAAUGUGCUGUAACAACUGAUCAGCGUAAGUGAUCAUAAAACACUUUUGUUUUGUCGACAAGAUGUUAAAGAAGAACAAGAUGAAUGUUUAGGAACAAGUCAAAGUCCUGAGUCCAGUAGAAAUGUUGUAGCAUCAGUUGAUGAGAGGAAACCACCAACAUCUCACAACUCAACUGGUUCUGAUCUGGGAUCAGAUUUCUCCAAGCUGCUGUAGACACUGAUCAGCUGUUACCACAAACCUUAAGGGAUUCACAUACUUUUACACCUCACAGAUUUGAACUAAUGAUUAAUAAUUGUUUUUCAUGUGUGUGACUGGGUUCUCUUUGUCUACUUUCAAGACUUGAGUUAAAAACUGGUGAGACUAUUUCUAAAUUACAGUGAUGCAAAACGUCACUUUUAUUUAGA